AUGCAUUCGAGACGAACUCUUAGCAUUAGUAUCACUGGAAUAGUAGGAAUUCUAACAUGCCUUGUUUUUGCAGGCAUGGCAUCAUGGGGAGUUUAUAUUUAUUCUUCCUUUCACAAAUAUACCUUUUCAACUUUGAGAUGUGAUCGAAUAUCCAUUAACAUCGAUAUGUUUUGUUUAAGUGAUGAAGAAAAGGAACGCACCACACUGUACACACUCGUGCAAAUGACAUCAGGAUUUCUUAUUUUGACAAUGAUAGGUGUUAUGAUUGCGAUGGCUUCCAUGCUCUAUACAUCAGUGCAGCUAGAAGUCUAUUCACCUCUUUAA